AGUGGCCGCGACACUACUCUCGCGACCAUUGCUGCGUUCGCGUCACUACGAGGACUGUGCGACCGUCUGUGAUAUACGAACAGUGAAAAGUUCAUGAACUACGUGUUGAUAUUUGUUUGAACUAUAUCACGUGGCGCUUCCUAUCGAAAUAAACGCGACAAGACCGUCCCAAGGUGCAUUCCGUACAUUCAGCGAGGUCUACAUAACGCAAAACGUCAGAUAACAAAUGUUGCCACGGCCCCUCUCAGCGAGUACAAUGCGGAUUUUAUUCAGCUUAGUACUGGUAGCGUGCGCGGUCGACGCCGCAAAAAAGUUCGAGGGAACUUUGAGAUCGGCAGCCGAGGCCCCACAAGAGGACAACUUAGCUAUCGAAUCUGCUUCUGCCGAACCGGCGGUUGUUGCUGCACCUCAAGACUAUCAAAAUCCUGGCGCUCCACCUCCUCCUAAAGAUGAAUUAGAAUCUGAAGAACCCGCUGAAGAGCCUGCUGCUGUUCCGGAAACCGCAUCCGAAGGAAUACCACCGUCAGCUCCCAGUGGCGCUUCUGCACCAUCGGCACCAGCUAAUUCAUUAGAAGAAUGUGACCCCGAAAUGAUUGGCUUCGAAUUAGUGACCGGGUACGUGUUCUCGGCGCCAUCGCAAAUUUUAGAUGACAUCCCCGGCACGCUGAUGCUGACCGACUGCCUCGAGCAAUGCCAUGCUAACGACACCUGUCGCGCCGUAAAUUACGAGACGGGACUUUGUGUGCUUUUCAGUUCUGAUGCCGACCAACUGCCUGGUGCAUUGACGAAAUCGCAGUUCCCCGUAUUCACUAUAUACGCUCAAAAAUCUUGUUUGGGAGUUCGUCCGUGUGAACGCGCCUGGUGCUUCGAUAGAGUGCGAGGCUACCACCUCAAGGGACACGGCAAGAAAACACACACCGUUGGCUCUCGGCAGAUGUGCCUUGACCUUUGUCUCGGCGAAAACGAAUUUGUUUGCAGAUCUGCGAACUAUAACAAUAAAACCGGCGAGUGUGUGCUCUCUAACAUGGACCGUAUCACCUUGGCGGGAACCAACGCUUUUCAAUCAAACGAAGACACCGACUAUUUGGAGAACAACUGCGUUGAAGAGCCAACAAAAUUGUGCGAGUUUAAAAAAAUGGGUGGACGUAUUCUUAAGACUGUUGAUUCCGUAUAUCAAGACGUGCAGACUAUUGAAGAAUGCCGAGAACUUUGUCUAAAUUCGCCUUUCCGUUGUCACUCAUAUGAUCACGGUGAUACUGGUGACCACGUCUGUCGUCUUUCUCAUCACUCUCGGGCUACACUCGCUGAUAUCCAGGAUCCUUAUUUGGAAGUUCCCGAAGCAGCCACUUACGAACUGUCAUCCUGUUACAACGUAUCCAUUGACUGUCGUGCUGGUGACAUGGUUGCCAAAAUUCAAACAUCCAAAUUGUUUGACGGCAAAAUCUAUGCUAAAGGCAGUCCAAACUCUUGCGUCGUAGAUGUCAAACAGAGUCUUGAGUUCGAAUUGCACAUGGGUUAUAACAAUAUCGAAUGUAAUGUUAAACAAAACGGACUUGGAAGGUAUUUAAAUGACGUUGUUAUUCAACACCACGAUACAAUCGUAACUUCGUCUGAUCUUGGUUUAGCGGUUACUUGUCAGUAUGAUUUGACAAACAAGACUGUUGCCAAUGAAGUCGAUCUUGGAAUUCACGGAGACAUUCAAACUGGUCUGUCCGAGGAAGUUAUUGUAGACUCACCCAACGUAGCGAUGAGAAUCACAGACAGGAGUGGUGACGAUACUAUUGCUUCUGCUGAAGUUGGAGAUCCAUUGGCUCUCCGAUUUGAAAUUAUGGAUCCCAACUCACCAUUCGAGAUCUUCGUGCGAGAACUUGUUGCCAUGGAUGGUGUUGACUCCAGCGAAAUCACGCUUAUCGACAGCGAUGGUUGCCCUACAGAACAUUUUAUCAUGGGGCCACUAUUCAAGUCCACUUUAAGCGGAAAGACGCUGCUAUCACAUUUCGACGCCUUCAAAUUCCCUUCGUCAGAAGUUGUGCAAUUCCGUGCCUUGGUGACUCCUUGUAUGCCUACUUGCGAACCAGUGCAAUGUGAUGGCGGUCCGAAUGAAUUACGUUCAGUAAUGUCAUACGGUCGUAGGAAGAGGCGUUCUACAUCUGCUACACCUACAGAUGAUAUGCUUCUGGUGCAGACCAUCCAGAUUACUGAUAAAUUCGGAUUCGACAAACAACGUGCUAAGAAUGUCACAGAGGAUGCAGUAUAUGUAAGAGAGACCGACGGAACUUGUGUGAAUGCUUCAGGAGCCAUGCUAGCUGCGGCCGCUUUCUUGGCAGCUCAACUAGUAGUACUUGCAGCGUGGACCUGCAGUUGGCAACGAAGACGUGCUGCUGCAAAAGCUGCUGAACUUCUUCCAGGUCCUAACGCACCCUCCUCGCUGUGCAAGGUCUACGAUGCGAGCUUCCCUCGUGCACAUCAGAGGCACUUUUGAAGAAUCGCUAAACAUGUCGACGUGAUCAACGUUCGCAAUAGUAGUUUAUUUUGUUAUUGUAAAACCCCCGUCGUGUCCCGGCUCUCGGAUACAAAAGUGACAUACUCUCUGUUUGAAGAGUACAGGACCACGACAGCGGUUAUUUAUUAAUAGUGUCCGAGCACUUCCGCGUCAUACGCUACGUGCGGGCGAAAGAUGUGAGAGUGCACGACACGGAGAAGGGGACGACCACAAAAGCGUGCGCAAAUGUGGACGAAUGUUAGGGCCGGCGCGUUAUGUGAUCGUAGUGCAAGUUUUUGAUUUUUGUAAGGACGCUUACUUGUCCCCAUCUCUGAUGUCGUUUGCGGGACCGCGGCCGUGAGUCGUAAUCGAGAUCACGUCGCUCAUUCGUUCUUCUCAUUUAAAAACGCAGAAAGCUGUUCGCGGUAAUCUGUUUAGUAUUGUACCAUAUAUAUUAAAUGUAGAAUAAGCCUGAAGUUAAUCAUAGAGAUAGAUAAAAGUAAAAUUGCAGUACCUUAAGUAGAUUAGCGAACGUGCGACCUAAGUCAAGCAACGAUGGAUUGACGGCCGUCCCGACAUCGUAUUUAUUUGAAUUUAGGAUAAUUUUAUUUACAUAGUUUACGACCGAUUUAUAUCUAUUUAAUAAAUUUCUAACAUAACUAUCUAAAUUAAGCUAAAGAAAGCUUAAGAGUAAACACAGGUAGAAUUAUGUAGACUUAAUUAUUAAAAAUGCAUCUUAAACAUAAUAUAAAGAAAUCGUUUACGCUUUUAAAGAGCGUCUUAUUUCAUCCGUCCGAUUGUCAUCAGGUCAU